AGCCGCGCCGGGCCGCUCAUCUCCGCUCACUCGGGGCUCCCGCAACAAGUGGCCACCGCGCCCUCCCCCGGGAAGCCGCGGGCAAGCGGGUCGCCGAGGGAGGCGGCGGCGCGGGGGAGUCAGGCGCCCGCGCGGCUCAGCGCGCACCGCAGGGGACCGGGGCGGGCGGAUGGGGACCCCGCGGCGGCGGCGCGGCGAGCCUCUGGGCGGCCCCGGGGCGCGGGCUCUCCGCGACGCUGCUCCCGCCGGCCCCGAGCGCGGAUUCUAGGAGGGGAGGAGGCUGUCUCGGCCGGGUCCGCCGCGAUCUGGGUGCCAGGAGGGGACCCAGCGCCCCCUCCCACCGGAGGACAGGAGCCGCCCGCGGCCGCAGAUCGGCCCCGGAGCGAAGGGGCAUGUGCGGCUAACGGUCCCGUCGGACAGGCUUUCCUCUGGCCGAAGGCGCAGGAGGUGCGCCCCAGCUAUGCAGUGUCCGGGGAGACGGCGGGCAUGACGGCGACAGGAUGGGCGCGAACAAUGGCAAACAGUACGGCAGUGAGGGCAAAGGCAGCUCAAGCAUCUCAUCCGACGUGAGUUCAAGUACAGAUCACACGCCGACCAAAGCCCAGAAGAAUGUGGCUACCAGCGAAGACUCCGACCUGAGCAUGCGCACACUGAGCACGCCCAGCCCAGCCUUGAUAUGUCCACCGACUUUACCAGGAUUUCAGAAUGGAAGGGGCUCGUCCACCUCCUCGUCCUCUGUCACCGGAGAGACGGUGGCCAUGGUCCACUCCCCGCCCCCAACGCGCCUCACGCACCCGCUCAUCAGACUCGCCUCCAGACCCCAGAAAGAGCAGGCCAGCAUAGACCGGCUCCCGGACCACUGCAUGGUGCAGAUCUUCUCCUUCCUGCCCACCAACCAGCUGUGCCGCUGCGCACGCGUGUGCCGCCGCUGGUACAACCUGGCCUGGGACCCGCGCCUCUGGAGGACUAUCCGCCUGAUGGGCGAGACCAUCAACGUGGACCGCGCGCUCAAGGUGCUGACCCGCAGGCUUUGCCAGGACACCCCCAACGUCUGUCUCAUGCUGGAAACAGUCAUUGUCAGUGGCUGCCGGCGGCUCACAGACCGAGGGCUUUACACCAUUGCCCAGUGCUGCCCCGAACUGAGGCGCCUGGAAGUCUCAGGCUGUUACAAUAUCUCCAAUGAGGCCGUCUUUGACGUGGUGUCCCUCUGCCCCAACCUGGAGCACCUAGACGUGUCAGGGUGCUCCAAAGUGACCUGCAUCAGCUUGACCCGGGAGGCCUCCAUUAAAUUGUCCCCCUUGCAUGGCAAACAGAUUUCCAUCCGCUACCUGGACAUGACGGACUGCUUCGUGCUGGAGGACGAGGGCUUGCACACCAUCGCUGCGCACUGCACGCAGCUGACCCACCUGUACCUGCGACGCUGCGUCCGCCUCACCGACGAGGGCCUCCGCUACCUGGUGAUCUACUGCACGUCCAUCAAGGAGCUGAGCGUCAGCGACUGCCGCUUCGUCAGCGACUUCGGCCUGCGGGAGAUCGCCAAGCUGGAGUCCCGCCUGCGGUACCUCAGCAUCGCCCACUGCGGCCGCGUGACUGACGUGGGCAUCCGCUACGUGGCCAAGUACUGCAGCAAGCUGCGCUACCUCAACGCGAGGGGCUGCGAGGGCAUCACGGACCACGGCGUGGAGUACCUCGCCAAGAACUGCACGAAACUCAAGUCUCUGGACAUCGGCAAAUGCCCUUUGGUCUCCGACACGGGCCUGGAGUGCCUGGCCCUGAACUGCUUCAAUCUCAAGCGCCUCAGCCUCAAGUCCUGCGAGAGCAUCACCGGCCAGGGCCUGCAGAUCGUGGCCGCCAACUGCUUUGACCUCCAAAUGCUGAAUGUCCAAGACUGCGAGGUUUCCGUGGAGGCCCUGCGGUUUGUCAAACGCCACUGCAAGCGCUGCGUCAUCGAGCACACCAACCCUGCCUUCUUCUGAAGGGACAGCUUUCGUCAGGCAUGGUCUCCAUACAAACACGAACCAAACAAAAUGUUUUUUAAAAGCAGCGUAUGUAAGCACCGACACCCACUCAGCAGCUGUUUCUUUCAGGAAGAUUCUAAGACAUCUAGCUUUUCUUUUUCCUCAUUUCUCAUGGGUGCCAGGGUCAAAGAAAUUAAAGGGUAAAGAACAAAUUUCUAGUACAGCAAAGUGUUUUGGGUCAGGUCAUUUGUAGGCAGUUUCUCUUCUCACAUGGGGUGUCUUUAGAAAUGUACCUUACUUUCUUCUCCCCACAAGCGCUCCUGGACACAGGCCACACCCCCACCCUCCACAUCCCCGCCCUGAGCUCCACUCCCCUCCAUCAGCAGCUGCCACAAAAGUAUCAGAACAAUAGCACUCUCUAGAGUUCCUCUUCGAACUGCUUGGUUGAUCUAAGCCCCGCUACUCAAUCCCAUCCCAUGCAAAUUAUGGUUAAAAAAGUGUCCUCAAUCACUUUGAAUUUACAAAGAGCUUUCCAGACCUUUUUUUAAAAAAAUCGGUUAUGGCAAGCAGCAUGGUGGAAGAAGAGACUUUUGUUCUUUCUCAGCUAUGCCACUAGCUGCGUGACCUUGGCCAAAAACUUCGCCUCUCUAGGCUUCAGCUUGUGGCACUGAAUCAGAAGCCAUCCAGCUGCAGAAUUAGCCUCAUGACCAUUUUAGGAUUGACAGAACAGAGAUACCAAUAAAUAGAAAACUUAAAACAGAGCACAGGCAUCUACCUCUUUCAAGAGAAUUAAUUGGGCUGUGCUUUCAGGAGGUUCCAGAGUGCAGAUGUCAGUUUUCACAGGGUCCUGUGUGUCCUGUAGCUCCCAUGCAAGUACCAUCCACCUCUCAAUCUGUUUUGGUGGCACAUCUUCUCCUGCCCCGCUGGAUGCUUUGGUUUCUGUGCACAAGUACUUUCAGCAUUCCCCUACUCCACAUUGUCUUAGCAGAGAACCAAAAUGCCUGAAAAUGGGGAAGUUUAAAUCCCCCAAUCAAGACUUAUCUUCUGAGUGUUUUCAAACGGAGGAAAGACCCUUGCAAUUUUUAAUUAACAAGUGAGGCCCAAGAGAACCCAUGUUCUCAAAGGUUUUUCUGAUCCCUCUCAGUGCACAUGUGGCAUACAUCAGGCACAUCUGUCCUACAGCUGGCAGAGACAGACGCUGUGGGUUUUUGUCAUUUAGAUUGCAUUUUGAUUUUUCUCAUCUAUUUAUUUCUUUAUGCAUCCAGACUUCAUCACAUGGAGCCUACUGGGGUUAAGUUUGUAAAUGUUUAAUUGUGCAAAUUGCCACCUUGCGUCUCCCGCGUGGCUGUCUGCAUGCAUUCCUUUAAAGAAUACAAAGUAGACUUCCAGGUGUUUAAAUACUGUGCAUUCAGAAAUCUCAGACAAUGGAAGAGGGAACUCAUUGAUAAGACAGAUGCUAGCCCACUAACUAACCCUUGGAAUAAGACAUUAACAUCAUGACAAAAUAUGAGUUUUAAAUGGAUGGAAUUUUAAAUGGCCCUAUUUUGAUAUAAGUUGAUUUGCUAGCACCAUUAUGUGAAAUCAGGUAGCCAAGAGAAAUACCAUGCUCAUGAAAUACAGUGUCAUUAAUUCGUAAACCCAGGACCUUUCCCAAAUGAGUCUCUGGCCGUUGCCCCUUCUUCAUUGCUGCUGAAACAGCUCAUCAAAGGGCCCAACGUCCAAUUCCAGAACACUGCAUCUCCUAGCCAAAUGUGCUUUGUUUCAGACCCGCUUACAUAACACUCACUCGACAACUGCACUCCUACUGUAGGCUCCCGCGCACACUGCAAUCUCAGGUCAGGAAGGAGGAGCUAGAGUGAUGGGAGGAGUCUGUCCGGGAGGUUUCUACCGUGCAUCAUAGAAAACGUGGCUUUCUGUCCAACUGACAUCAUCCUCAACCCGGUUAUGCAAUCAGUGCUAUAUUCCAUGAGGGAAAGUGACUUGUUUGACUGGGGACAGUGUUUUGUGAUAGCCAUAGAAUUUAGAACCUUAAUAGAAUUUGAAAGGAACAUACCCCUGCUCUGUGACUUGUGACUACCACAGUUUCAGAAUUUGGAAGUCACAGAUGAUUGUCCCUAACCCUUGGUUCUGGGAUAUUCUAGAUAAACUGGUUUAAUACUCUUGGAAUGAGCAGGGAGAUCCAGAAUGACUCUCUGAACCAUUCCGAGUGUCUUGUCACCACCACCUGACCACAUCACCUGACCUGUCUGCCUUCCAGGCAUGAGACCAAGACCACGUCUCACACCUGGUUGCCUGCCCAGCACAUGCUGUCUGGUCCAGUUUCUCCUCUUUCCCAGUGUCCUCUUCAUCCAUUCUGCUUUCCCUUGGGGUAUGAAUUUGUGAUAGAGGUUACUGGGAAACAGCUCAGCAGAUUUUUAGAGACCAAGCAAAAGUCCUCAGCAAACAAUUUAUCUCUUUUAAAACAUUGCUUCCUUCCUGGCUCUGCUAAAUUGAAUGCUCAUUGUUUUUGUAAUUCUAAUGUUCAAAUCACUGCGUGCUGUAUGACUCUAGAAAGCCUUAAUUUACUACCACCAAGAAAUAAAGCAAUAUGU